UUGCGCACCGAGAGCUCCGGUUGAUAUGCUAUGUUAUGUGUGGCUUUCUUGGCUUUUUUUUUUUUUUUUUGAGCAGACAGAGAGAGAUAACUGUACUGUAUCCCAGCCUAGCGGAUUGGAGUGAAAGUCCGCCAUAUUCUGCCUUACCACGCCCGGGAGUCGAGCCAUUGGAAAAUAAAAAGCGACAGCUUUACGCAUGUGUUUUUUCUUUUUUUCCUCCCUGUUGCCCUCACCCACGGACGAUAACUUGAACAUAAGGGAUUUCGCUGAUUGAAAAAGACCAACAUUGAAAGACUUUCAGAGAGAGAGAGAGAGAGAGAGGGGAGGGAUAGAGAGAGAGAGAGGGGUGGCCGGGUACGGAUGGCAACGCUUAACGAGAUCACACAGAGCAGCACGGAGGAUGUGUCUUAGGAGGAUCUGUUGAUCAUAUUGAGAAGGAAAAGCAGAUUACACCAAUUAAGAUUGCACAGAUAUUCAACUCAAACCCGCUUUGGACACUUAUUUUGAAGCUGUCGAGAGGCAAAGAAAGUGCGAAAACGAAAGGGGGGAGGGGGUGGGAGGGGAGGGGGGUCAAUAAUUUCUCAAAUAUCUAUUUUUUUUCCUUUCCGGCACAAUCUGUGCGCUCUUCACACUCAUUAUAAAGGGCGUCCACGCGUUUAUUUCACCACAAACCGGGCCUGUAUGAGGACGAUAUUUUGCAUUCACAGGCCUCUUGUUUUUUUGUUUGUUUUUCCUUUUUACUCCGAUCUGAAAUCUGAAUGAAUCGCUAAAGAAAAGGAGGUGGAAAAGCAGAGAAGUGCGUAAAAACAAACAAAAAAAAAACAAAUAAAAAGGAGAGAGAGGAUGACCCUGGAAUCCAUAAUGGCGUGUUGCCUCAGCGAGGAGGCGAAAGAAGCCAGGCGGAUCAACGACGAGAUCGAAAGGCAGCUCCGCCGGGAUAAGAGGGACGCACGCCGGGAACUGAAACUGUUGCUUCUCGGCACUGGGGAAAGUGGGAAGAGCACAUUCAUCAAACAGAUGAGGAUUAUCCACGGCACUGGUUACUCAGACGAGGACAAAAGGGGUUUCACCAAACUGGUUUAUCAGAACAUCUUCACAGCCAUGCAGGCAAUGAUCCGAGCCAUGGAGACGCUUAAGAUCCCCUACAAAUAUGAGCACAACAAGGGCAACGCCAACAUUGUGAGAGAGGUGGAUGUAGAAAAGAUCGGCAUGUUCGAGAAUCCUUACGUAGACGCAAUUAAGAGCUUAUGGAAUGACCCGGGCAUCCAGGAGUGCUAUGAUCGAAGGAGGGAAUAUCAACUCUCAGACUCCACUAAAUAUUACCUGAACGCGUUGGAUCGGAUCGCUGAGCCUGCCUACCUUCCCACCCAGCAGGAUGUGUUGAGGGUUCGAGUCCCCACCACGGGCAUCAUUGAAUACCCGUUUGACCUGCAGAGCGUCAUAUUCAGGAUGGUGGAUGUUGGAGGACAGAGGUCGGAGAGGAGGAAGUGGAUCCACUGCUUUGAAAACGUCACAUCCAUCAUGUUUCUGGUAGCACUCAGCGAGUACGACCAAGUUUUGGUGGAAUCGGACAACGAGAACCGGAUGGAGGAGAGUAAAGCUCUGUUUAGGACAAUAAUCACAUACCCCUGGUUCCAAAACUCCUCGGUCAUUCUGUUCCUCAACAAGAAGGACCUGUUGGAGGAGAAGAUCAUGUACUCUCAUCUGGUUGACUACUUCCCAGAGUAUGAUGGUCCCCAGAGGGAUGCCCAAGCAGGGCGAGAGUUUAUCCUCAAGAUGUUCGUGGAUCUGAAUCCAGACAGCGACAAGAUCAUCUACUCUCACUUCACCUGUGCCACCGACACAGAGAACAUCCGUUUCGUCUUCGCCGCCGUCAAAGACACCAUCCUGCAGCUCAACCUAAAGGAGUACAAUCUGGUGUAGAGCAGAGCAGGGCCGACCAGCAGGAAGCCCUCAACACACACUGACUGACGCGAUCUGUGAAAAGAUACAUCAUACACACACAAGAAAAUCAGAGAAAAAAAAACGUCUAAUGGUUGCAUAAUACUAAUUUAUUUGCCAUUUGUUGAUCUCUUGGUCCCCGAGGGGUGACAAAAGUAAAUGUUAUCUUGCUAUUUAAGGAGUUAAUGAAAUAUAGGGAUGGAGGGGGGCAAGAUAUUUGGAAGGGUUGGGGAGGGAUUUGCUGCUGAAUAUGUACAGCAGCUAUCCUCGUUUCUAGGCUUUGCGCAUUUUUGACAGAGAAAGAAACUACUUUGUGCACUUGAGGUCAGUCUGAUACAUCAGAGCUGGAACAAAUGCAAUGUGCUCUCUCCCUCCUGCCUUUUUAUAAACGACAAGAAGAAGGAAAAAAAAAGGGUCUGAAUUCCUUAUAUCCCCUCCCUCCUUACCUGUCGGUUCAUUCUGAAGCUUCAUCCUGGGCAUUUACCUGUUUGCCCGACAGGAAAUGAUGUAACAGGUCUCUAAUUUACAGCUUGAACUUUUUCCUUCAAAGGACUGAUUGGCAAGUCUCUUCCUAUGUAGGCAUAAACUGUGAUUUUUAAAUUAUUUCACACUGAUUUGAUAUUGAUUGACUUCAAUCAUUUUUAUUAUUAUUAUUAUUAUUAUUACUACAUUGCAUUGCAUUGACUUUGGUACCAUCUGAUAAGUAGAGCAUGCAUCCUCCACAUUUUUUGAGGGGGGGUAAUCCAAGUCGUGCGUUGAUUGGCAGUCACAUGUCAGUUCUCCAGCAUGGACACGACCAUUGAAGUUCAGUAGUGUGAGAGAAACUUGGUUCUUAAACUUGCUUUCUGAGCUCUGAGCACCAGGUGAUGAGGCACAGGGGGGGGACCUCUGCUCUGUCAUGAUGGGGCCGGUUGAUUUACACAGACUAAAGGAAGUUGAGGAGGUAAUAAUUUAUGAGACAAUGUUAUGAUAUGAUUAUGUUCGACUGUGCCACAUUAACGCUUUUUCUUAUGGUAAUAUGUGUAUUUAUUACCAAUGCCAAAACAACUCAAACUCCACUUUGCGCUGUUUACUAUUUUAAUGAAAAGUGUUGAGGACAUAAAGCGGGGCCAAUGAACGCAGAAUCAGACUGACUGACCAAUUAAUCGACCAACUGAUUCCUGCAGAUUUUGAAGUAUUCAACUAAGGUAUUCCCACACACACACACACACAUACUCCUCCACUGUGGACUGACCUAAGCUACAGUUAGUUAUCAGCCUGUCAGAAAGGAGGACGCCACCCAGUGCACUGAACUGCUUGAACUGUCAAAAUCACAACAUUGUGCGUUGGCUACAAACCACCUCCUCCCUGGCCUGCCGUCACAUAAUGGCUGUGUGUUUAUAAUCGUCCGAUCACAGCUCGGCUGUCUUGACUGUUGUAGUUCAAUAGCAGUGGAGAAACAAUUUGGCCAAUUCCUACAUAAAAGGGCAGAGUGUUGUUUUUAACCAAAGUAAGCCCUUCUUGUUUCUGAUUGGCACUACCUUCCUCAUUCCCAGGUUUACUUUAAGUAUUUUGUUUCCUAACAAUUCCCAAGAACAUAAGCCUGUAAUUUACAUUUAUUGAGGCAUAGUGCAAUUAUGAAUGCUAUAAUCAUUGUACAUACAUCUCUCUCUCUCUAUAUAUAUAUAUAUGGCAGCAUCUUUGUUGGCUUCGUAAUCAUUACUUUUUUUUGGCAGAUUGAAUGUGCAGUAUUGAAAAUAUGUAUCUAUGUAAUUGUAUUGUAUGUCUAAUGGCUAAUUCAUUUUUGGAAGAAAAAAUAUGUUAUUUACAUGUUUGUUUUUGUUUCCUUUUUUUUUUAAGAGGAGAAUGUAAAUUUUGUGUUUUGCCAGUUUUAUUUCUCAGCAAAAAAAAAAAAAAAGCAAAGCAUUGUUCAUCUUCUGAACUGCAUAAAGAAGACUAGUAUUAUCUAUAACAGAUUGAUUGGUAUGCCAGUACUUAUAGUAGCCGGUCUGUUAAAUUGACUUUUAUAUGGAAAAACUGCAGACUGAAUCCAAUCUACAGGGCUAAUUGUAAUAGUUUAGUUCUUAAGGAACAGAGCACUUGUCAUAUAGGUGUAAUCACAUCACUCAUUGAUUCUUUUUAUAUUUAUAUUUCAUUAUUACACAGCUUCUCAGUAAGUAUUGAUUAACUUUGAGAUUUCUUAGUCUACAGCACACAGUGUGAUCCUGAAUACCCACCACCGAUCAACUGUAUAGGCUAGAUGUGAUAACAAGUAGCGCUACAACAAGCUGGAUGGCUGACAGGUAAAGUGUUGCUUUGGCUCAGAUUUAGUCUGAAAAUCUUGUUAAGGACGAGAUGUAAUUAUCUAACUGUUUGUGCUAACAGAUGGGAAUGCCGUCACCCUUUACACGCCCUCAAAUGAACCUCAAGCCUGAUAGAAACUAGAGUAUUAUCUGACCAGUGUACACAAACAUGACUCAACAAUUUGGCCUAAUUAGUAUGUUACAGGUGCUUUAUUUCCUCUUCUUUAAAUUAAUUUCCAUCGUGAUUGUCGCCAUUUCAUUAGAGUAUACAGUAUUAUUUUAGACUUUAUUUAUGAAAUGACAGCAUAGGAGAAAAUACACAACACUUCACAUGUACAUAUUGCCUUAUUGAAUAAGCUGUGCCUCUGAAGUCCCAUGCAAAGGCACCUGUGUUUUUAUGAGAAGUGAAGCUAGUGCAGCCAAUAAUGUCCCAUUGUGCAGCUGGAGGAUUGUUUGGUUUUGGCUUGGUGGUCUCUCUUUGUUAUUCUGUACUAUCAGAAGACCUGGGAACAGCAUUAAGGUGCAGCUCAUGUAGCUAAUAUGACAUAAUUACAGGACGUUAUAAGCACAUCAUGAGUGAAUUGUAAUCAGAACACACUUUCUAUUGAUUUCAUAAUAUCGUCACAUCAGAUUCAUGUCUUAAAACCUGUGCCACAGUGCAUUAUAUUACAUCGAACUGCCUGAUGUGCUUGCAAGGUGUCACAAUCUGGACUCCAAAUCAGCCACCAGCCACCUGCAGAGUGCUUUGUGACGUUUGGCUGUGGUUUGGCAUCUACUAGCCACUUUGGCAGGUAACCAGGCUUCACUUGGAGGUCCUGUUGUUUUCAGAUAUUUCAGCUGGCUGGUGAAAUUACUUACAAGGAUGGUUGAUCUUGGCAGGCAACCACCACUUAAGCAAGUUAAUCUCCAGUCCAGUUCACAGUGUACUUGAAGUAAAUCUUACAAUAACCGCUUAUUAACAGCAGGGCGUAAUAGGAAAAACUGAUGGCCAACUUGACACACAUUUUACUAAAUAGUGUCAAUGUUGCCAGAGGAGAUGUUUUGAAGCUGAACUACAGUUUUAACUUCUCAUUGUUGAGUUUGCAGUAAUCAGUAACUGCGUCCCCGCUGUUGUAAAGCUGCCAUUUACACCGUUCUUGUUUCUUAAAGGGAAAAUCCUUCUCUAAACAAUCCGCAUACAGCAUCCAACCAACUGAGCAGAGACUGUCCAUCCAUGUCUGUGAGCCCCGAAUAAUUCAGGAAGUAAAAGUGUGGCAUCAACUGAUAAUGAAUCUAAGAUUAAUGUCAUGGUUUAGCUUGUUUUUAUACAAUAGUGAAGGUGGAUUAUAAAAAAAUAAUGAUAUUGCACAAGCAAGGUAAGAUUUUAUCAGAUCAAUUUGAGCCAUGAAGGAUUGUUUCCAAGCUUUGUGACUUCAUGUUCACAUCAUUAUUCUGGGGGAGCACAUGAGUUCUUCAGGCUGAAUUUUCCCUUUAAGAGAGCUCAGACUCCGGCUGGUGUUAACUUGCUGACACACAUGGUUUGGAAAGCCGUGCUGCAGUUCAGUCAUGCAGUAUGUUCAAGAGCAGCGCAGUGUCAGAUACAGUGUAUUGUCAACUACGUUACGUAGAACUGCAGGGUCGAGUUUGAGGGGAAAAUACCUUUCCAUGAGCUGCUCUUGUACUCUUAGUCUUGGCCUACUCGUGGGUUUCUUUGCGCCAAAUCAUGAAGAUAUGAAGUUUAAUGACUCAUUUUGAAAUAGUGCUGUUAUGAUGACCUCCAGUCAUAACUGUGUAAAAAUGUUUCCUGUAUCCAUAAACUCACACUCCUUCAACAUGUUUCUGAAUGAAGCAACAUGUGUCUUUUCAAAAGUAUCUUGACUCUGAUUUUUUUUUUAAUCUUCUGUUAUUUCAGUAACCGAGCUAUCAUUUCUAUAAUGUGAUCAAUUUAAUGCCUUUAAAUGUGUACCAAUACUCCCCAUCAGAGG